AUGGAGAAGUUCCAUCUUUUACCUCUGCGUUUCUUGUUGGCAAGUAUUCUUUUUUGGCCGUCAAUCGUGCUUGCUGAGGCAGCCCUUCUUGAAAGUGACAAGCAAGCGCUGCUGGACUUUUCCGGCAAGCUCAACCGUUUUCGGCGGCCUCUGAACUGGGACGAGAAGUUCCCGGUCUGCAAGAACUGGACCGGAAUUACCUGCGACGAGGACGGCAGGAGGGUAAUUUCAGUCAGGCUGCCGGGGUUAGGGUUUCGCGGCCCGAUUCCGGAGAACACGUUGAGCCGGUUAUCGGCACUGCAGGUCCUGAGCUUGAGGUCCAAUGGGAUUAAUGGCACUUUCCCUACAGACUUCGGUAAUCUGAAAAACCUAACCUUUCUUUAUCUUCAGCACAAUAGUUUCAGGGGUCCUCUGCCUUUGGACUUCUCUGUUUGGAAAAACCUGACCGUAGUUAAUUUGUCGUACAAUGGGUUUAACGGCCCGAUUCCUUCGUCGUUUUCGAGCUUGAGUCAGCUUGUUGCUUUGAAUCUCGCUAACAAUUCACUUUCUGGCGAGAUACCCGAUUUGGAUUUGCCGAAUUUGCAGUUGUUUAAUUUAUCGUAUAAUGAUCUUGUUGGUAGUGUGCCUAAGUCACUUCAGAGGUUUCCAAAGUCUGUGUUUUUGGGCAAUAACAAGUCUUUGUUGAAUUACACCAUUACUAAUUCUCCUAUUGUAUUGGCUCCUCACGAUCACAAUCCUGGAAAAAACGUUCGAAAACUAAGUGAACAGGCUUUGCUUGGGAUCAUCAUAACCGGUUUGGUUCUCGGGCUUCUUGGUUUCGGUUUUAUGCUGCUCAUCUUCUUUCUCAGAAGAAAAUAUAUCAAUAAUUUCCCUGGGAAAUUGGAAAAAGGAAAUAUGUCCCCGGAAAAAGCCAUCUCGCGGAGCCAAGACGCGAGCAAUAAGUUGACUUUCUUUGAGGGGUGUAAUUAUGCGUUCGAUUUGGAGGAUUUGCUGAGGGCCUCGGCCGAGGUUUUAGGUAAGGGUACGUUUGGGACAACUUAUAGGGCGACACUGGAAGAUGCAACGAUGGUGGUCGUGAAAAGGCUAAAGGACGUGAAUGCAGGAAAAAAAGAGUUCGAGCAUCAAAUGAAUUUGAUUGGUGGCAUCAAGCACGAGAAUGUGGUCGAGCUUAGAGCUUAUUACUACUCCAAGGAUGAGAAGCUUAUGGUUUACGAUUACUAUGUAGAAGGCAGUUUAGCUUCAAUGUUGCACGGAAAAAGAGGAGACAAUCGGGCCCCACUCGACUGGGAGACCCGACUAAACAUAGCGAAAGGUGCUGCACGGGGCAUAGCUCGUGUCCACAUGGAAAAUGGGGGGAAGCUAGUCCACGGCAACAUUAAAUCAUCGAACGUGUUCCUAAAUUCCCGUAAAUCUGGGUGCGUGUCUGACCUGGGCCUCUCGACUGUGAUGAGCCCGUUAUCCCCCCCUGUGGCCCGAGCUGCAGGCUACCGGGCCCCAGAGGUUACGGACACACGCAAGUCCCAGCAGGCAUCUGACGUGUACGGAUUUGGGGUGGUCCUGCUGGAGCUGCUGACGGGGAAGACCCCGGUCCACACGGUUAACGGUGACGAGAUGGUGCACCUAGUCCGGUGGGUCCAUUCGGUGGUCCGGGAGGAGUGGACGGCUGAGGUCUUUGAUGUCGAGCUCCUGAGGUGCCCGGAUGUUGAGGAGGAAUUGGUGGAAGUUUUGCGGAUUGCAUUGGGGUGCGUGGUAAGGGCAGCGGGCCAGCGGCCGACGAUGUCGGAGGUGGUUGGGAUGAUGGAGGGGGUUCGGGGGGUGGGAUCCACGAAUAGGGGCUCGUCCGAGGGGGAAUCGUGA